AUGGUACUAAACUCGCCGAAAGAGGACCGCAGUACGGUUGUUUGUGCACCAUGCGGCAACGGUUCACCCGCCCUUAACUACAUCCAUAACGACGACAAGACGAAACAAUUUUAUUUGGCUAAAGGCAAAAUCACUGUAAAGCUAAAUGUUACGGAAGAAUUUCGCUAUUUGAAGCUGAUAUCACCCACAAAAGACAUAAUGCCAAUGGAAAGCAAGGAGGAAACGAUGGACAGUGUCAAGUGGAAGGUGGGCAUGGGUUUUUUAAUUUUUUGGUUGUGAUUUUUUUGAAAUUUUAAAAUUUAAUUUUUUAAAAAAAAUUUUUUUUUUGAAAUUUUAAAAUUAAAUUUUCAAAAAAAUUUUUUUUUGAAAUUUUAAAAUUAAAAAAAUUUUUUUUCUAAAUUUUAAAAUUAAAGUUUUUUUUUAAAAAUUAAAUUUUUUUUUAAAUUUUAAAAUUUAAUUGUUUUUGAAAUUAAAAAAAAUUUUUAUUUUUUAGAACAUGGGAGUCCGAAUAAAAAUGGAGGCACAAAUUCGAUUUGACACUGUCAUCCAGGAAAUCAAUUUCUCGUACGAACUGGUUCGGACAAACGAAGAAGGAAAGCUGUGCGCCGACGGAUCGGCCGAUAUUUUUUUCUCUAUAGCAAACGGGUUCAAAUCGAUUGAUGUAAGUGUUGUGAAAUGAGAUGUAAAGGUGUGGUAGGGAAGAGUAGGGUAGGGCAAGAUAGGAUUAUUGAGUUGGGGCAGAGUUCUUUGGACCCAAAAGGCAAAACUCUGGUUGGGGGAAGGGGUGAAGGUAGGGUUGUUGAAGAGGGGAAGGUGCGAGGGUCUGGUAGAGUGAAGUACAGUAGGAUUAAGUAAAAUCACAUUUUUCAGAUAAAAUGUUUCAUUCACGAUGUCACCUUGAUGCCUGUCUUCACAAUACCCCAAUUUGUGAAUUACCUGCAGUAUAUCUUUGUCAAUUGUUCGGAUGAUACAGAUCCGUCUUCGACUUGUAUGGUAUUCAUGUUCGGUGGCUUCUUGUCAGCAUGCGUCAGAACCUAUAUUGUGCGAACGUAUCAGGAUCAUGGCUUGUUCCUCUGCAGUGCCUUUUACAAUAUCUACGAUGAGGAUUCAGGGAUUAGUGAGUUUUUUUAUUUGUAGCGACUAGCAUUUUUGCCUACCCCCUACCCCGUACCCCCCCCAACCCCCUACCCCCUAUCCCCUACCCCCUACCUUACCCUCUACCCCUUAUCUCUUACUUCUACUCUUACCUUAUCACUACUUCUACCCUUGCUCCUAUCAUAACACUUCUACUUCUUCUACCCUUAUCCCUAUUUCUAUGGGUACUCUUACUCGUACUCCUACUUUAUUCUACCCUGUCUGAAACCAAAACGUAUCUUGUUUUAGUUGAUUUCGUGUUUGCUGAUGUCCUUUGGACUGCAUUAGAAUUCGAGGGUGACUAUUAUUCGGCCCGUUUACAAAUGAUCGAAACGAUAGACAGUGCGACGAAUAAGACGAUACAUAAGAUGGUAAUAGGGCUUCCAUGUUUUCCAAAUACAAGUCCGAUUUGCGAUGCGGGGCUGCCUCAUUCACGUCCGGACACGGACGUGCCAGAAAUACCGGUAAGCCGACCAUACUCUACUCUAACUUACCCUACCCUUACCAUACUACCCUUACCUUGUUUUAAUUUUUCUUUGAAUUCAUUAAUACAUACGUCUACUUCAGAAGCGAUCUUGCAUAAAGGGGGUUGUAGACGGCAAAAGGAUUAUUGCCGAUGGUUUGGUUGGGUAUUGCAAGUACGAAGGCGGAGACGACUUUUCAAUAAAUGACACUUCAUAUCCUGGAGAAGCUUGUUUUCAAAUAACCGAGAAUUUGAAAGCUUACUGUAAACCGAAGUAAGUGAUUUAUGGUUUUUGCCUUGAUUUUGAGGCUUGAAACGGAAUGCCAAUUGUGGCGGGAAUUCAAAAUUCAAAUAUUCAUUGGUAUAAACGUACUUUAUAGUAAACAAAUUAAUUUAAAAUGAGUUUUAUAUCAGUUUACAUCGUUUUGGCCGUAAGAAGUGUUGAAACGGAAUGCCAAUUUUGGCGGGGAAUUUGAAAUUCAAAUUUUUAAUAUUGUAAAUGGCGUUUUAGUGAAGAAUUAACUUUAAAAUGAGUUUUAUAUUGGUUUACAUCGUUUUGGCAGUAUUCUGAAGGCUUGAAACGGAAUGCCAAUUUUGGCGGGAAAUUUGAAAUUUAAAUUUUUUGGUUGCAAAAUAUCAGUUCUCGGUACGAAUAAGUUACUAAACUAGUGCAUAUUAGUUUUGAUGGUUUUUAAAAUUUGUUUUCUAGCUGAAAACAUCGUAAAAUAGAAAUGCCAAUUUCGGCGGGAAAUUAAAAAUUCAAAUUUUUCAAUUUGCAAAUUUAAUUUUUUUUAGUUUUGAAAAAGGUAAAUGUGAAUGUUGUUGUGUGAAUGAUGAAAAGGAAUGUAAUGCCGAGUUUACGGAAAAUAACCUCUACUACAGCCUGUAUCUAACUUGUCAGGAAUCACUGAGACAUGGAGAACAUGAGCCUUUCUACACUAACAUCAAGGUAAUUUGA